CACAGAAGGCGACGAGAAGGAAAAAAAAGCAGCGAUGCUAACCGUCUGUUAGCUUUGUGUACUGACAGUUUCGCAUCCAGUUAGAUGGAGGAGAAAACACCUGAGUGUUAUUAAGGAGGGGUUUCCAGACACUGGGAGCACUUCCUGCAGUCACCUCCACAACCAUCCACCUCAGGGUGGAUUUGAAGAUGUAGCAAAGAGUGAAGUGGUUUAUCUCUGCAGUACGUCACCAUUUCUGCCAGUGCCCAGGCGUAAUUGGUGACCUCUUAUCUCCACCCUUUGCCAGCUAACUGUGGAGCACUUUGGCCCCUUACCAGGGCUGCCUAGUGCGUGACUCGGCCAUCCUCAGUCAGUCCGUCCCUGGUUGAAGACCCUGCAGUCCUCAGCUAUGCUGUUCUCCCUGAGGGAACUGGUCCAGUGGCUGGGCUUUGCAACCUUUGAACUCUUCCUCCACCUGCUAGCUUUACUGGUCUUCAGCAUGCUGGUGGCUCUGCGAGCUGACAUGUUCACCCCCACGCUGAGCUGGUGGCUGGUGUUCGUCCCGCUGUUCGCUGCUGAUGGCCUCAGCACCUACUUCACGGCCAUCGUGUCCAUCCGUCUUUACCAGGAGAAUGAGAAGCGCCUGGCAGUGCUGCGGCUCCUCUGGGUGCUGACGGUGCUCAGCCUGAAGCUGGUGUGAGAGGUGCUGCUGUGCCAGAAGCUGGCGGAGCAGGAGCAAGCCAGAGACCUGUGGUACGGCCUCAUCGUCUCCCCGCUGUUCAUCCUGCUGCAGCUGCUGAUGAUACGAGCGUGCCGCGUCAACUGAGGAGAGGCAGUUUGUGGUUGUGCUUUCACAUCACUGAGAACACAGGAACAGAGAGCAAUCUUCAUCUGCCAUAAGAGAUUUAAAACAUAACAAUGGUGUCAUUUUUCUUUUGGCUCUUUGCUACUUUUUUAAACAAGGAGAAAUAGCCCUGACAGUUUUUCAUAGACAUGCUCCCAAGUCCAGAGUAGAAUUUAUAUACAUUGAUGUUUCUAAUAGCUUCAAAAUUAACAGAAUUCAUUGCUUGCUUAUGUUAUAAUGCAGUAUUUCUCUUCCCAAAAGCGUGGAGGCUCUUACAGCAGCACCAUGGUUUUGGAAUAAGAACAGGGUGACCACAUACUUAUAGCAGUGUAGUGUGAACACACUUUAUGGCACCCAUUGUUAUAGUAAACCUAAAGUUAAUUCUGAAGACCAAAUGGAAGUAAUUGUAACUAGACAAUGAAUUCAUUGUUUGUCCUGGUAGUCCAGAGCCCCCUUUUCAUCAGCUUGGAUUAUGGCUGUAAGUUUUAUAUACUGGUACUUUUAGGAAUAAAGAGUCAGAUAAGUAUAUGUGCAUUUGGGACAAGGAGUGCCUUUACAUUGUGCAAUCAAUGGCAGAGAACGAGCCAUGAGGAAAAUGUAUACCAGAGUUGUGUUUUAACGCACAUGUACACACAACACAUGUAAAUGUUAUAAACAGGUGAAACUGAAAAGCUGUUAUGUCCCAGGCACCUUUUAGGGGCAACAGAGCUCAAGGAGCUGCUGCAGUGCUGUUGCUUUUUCCCGGAGAAAAAGACAUUGCUUGCCCACAGGAUUUGAUUUAUUAUCAUGUGUCUCACUUUGUUGCCUGUUGCAGGGAGUGUUGCUCACACAGCCCCCCCCCCCCCCCGAAGAACUGAAUGUGAUUUCCACAAGCAGUCCGUUGUGUGCACACAUCUUCCCUGAAUAUCGCUGUUUAUUUGUACAAUAUGUGAUGUAUUUGAUCUGAGUUUGAUCCUUCCUUAUGUAUGUGCUGCAUGUAUUUAUGGACUCAUUUUAAAGUAAUUCCAGAUGUGAAAUUCUGUGUAUUAUGUAUAUGUUGAUUUUUGGAAAGAAAUUCACCUUAUUUAUAUUAUGUUGUUGUAUGGCACCCUUAUUGUCAUCUGUAUAUACGUGUAAAUAAACCAU